AACUAUCCCCACAGUAAUUUGGCUGUAAGUCAGGAGACUGAUGGCAUCGCCAACUGCUUUCUUUCCAACUUUCUUUCGAAUCUUCGUCAAUUUUGUUGUUUUCGAGCCUCUGAGCACCUCUGGCAAUGGCUGAGCAACGCAUUCAAGCCGCAAUCGCCGCGUUCCACGCAAAGGAAGUGCCCUCAAUUCGACAAGCCGCAACGACCUUUGGCAUCCCGCUUGUAACCCUCGCUGACCGUAUCGCUGGGCGCUACGAAUCCAACUGGAUGGCCGAUAUCUAUUCCUUUGCUUUGUAAUCUAGCAACCUAGAUCUUAAUUAUAAAGGGUGAUAAUCAGCCUCUUAGGUAAUACUGGUAUAAGAACUUCCUUAAAUACUAUCC